AUGGCAGGAGACCGCAAGAACGACACGGCGAUCGCAGCAGAGAAAGCUCUUUGUCGUGUCGGAGCGCUCGGGUCAAUGUCAACCAGCGCUGCAAGGACGCUUUCUGCAGAGCUGUUGGCCGGGAUCUUUCACCUGCUCUCUGUUGAUUGUGGGUACAUGGAGUGGAUACGGGUCCUCGAGGUUUGUCGUCGUUGGCGGACAGUGGGCCUAGGAGUGUCUGCCUUAUGGACAGACAUACACGUCGCAAAAAAUCUCCCCUUUGUGAAUUUUUGCUUGAAGAACUCCGGGGAUAUGCUGGUGAACAUCUUCUCUGAGGAAGAUGAUGCUGUCUCGGAUCUUGCUGGCGUCAUUAAUUCCAUCUCUGCAAUUGGCCUUAGAAUCCGAAGCCUUCGGUGGGAAUCAUCAGAUUUGGAGACUCUCGUUCAGAGUCUCGACUUCGACAUGCCACGGCUCACUCAGCUCGCUCUCGGUGCUGAAAGCGGGCGGCGUCCGGACAAGAAAUUCUUUUGGAAUCCGAGAUCCGAUCAGUAUCCGUCCCUUUGUUCUCUAUCGUUGGCGGCAGUCGACAUACAGUGGAGCUAUCCCCCUUUCUCUUCCCUCGUCAACUUGCGACUUGCAAGGCUGACAAGGCCUGACACAGUGGACGAAUUCCUGGAUUUUUUGCAGAUCUCGCCGGCCCUCGAGACGUUGCAUGUAGAUUAUUCUGCGCCUAGUGUUGUGGAGAACUUGCAGAUUAUGGAUUGGGUAGGUGAGGAGCCGGAUAUUCCGCCACCCACGCGAACUCUAUCGCUUUUGAAGUUGCGACGGUUACAUCUUGGAGAUACAACAUUCAAUGUCAAGUGGUUGCUCUCGCAUAUGUCCAUACCGACGGGCACCACUCUCUCAUUCACCUACCCGCUCGAAGUGGGCGUUGACUAA